GGAAGAUGGCGGUCUCUACAGUGGAGCAUGUUGUAGCGGAUGCUGGAGCUUUUUUAAAGAACGCGCCACUCCAGUUUCAGAUUUUAUCUUCCUGUUGUGCUGACUUCACCUGAUGUACAGUUCACUGGAUGCCAGGCUAAUUUCACCUCAUGAAUGGAAUUUGGAAAAACCAUCUACACGUUAAAGGAAGUUGUGAAUGAAAUACGAGACAAAGAAACUAAGCGAAGACUAGCAGUUUUACCAUAUCAACUCCAUUUUAAAGAACCAUUCCCUGAAUAUAUUCGACAUGUAACUGAGUUUUGUAAAAAAACAGGAGACUAUCCUAGCCUCUCAGCAACUGAUAUUAAGGUUCUGGCACUAACCUAUCAGCUCGAAGCUGAAUUUGUGGGAAUUGGCCACUUGAAGAACGAACCUGCACAAAAAGUUGAAGUGAGUACCACUUUGAGACACCCAGAGUCAAUGAUCGACAUAGCAGGUUUUCAUCUGCCAUCUAAGCAGCAUUCAGAACAAGAUUGCCCAAAGGAAGAUUGUUCACUCUCUUUAGGAUCAGAGGAAGCUUGCCAUCCAAACAAAAAACGUUCUAGUGAAGUGCCUGUGGCUGAUGCAUCAGAAUUUAGUACCUUUCAUUAUUGGAGAAAUCCAUUACCAAGCAUUGAAGAAGAUCUGCAAGACUUUUUGAAGAAAGAGAAUGGCUGUACUUCGAGUGAGACUUCACUCGAGCAACACCAAGAAGAACAGUAUGAAAGUGAAGGAGAUGAGGAAAAAGACGAUGAUGAUGGGUGGAUAACACCUAAUAACAUUCAGCAGAUCCGCCAAGAUAUGGGCUGCUCUGAGAUGAUGGCAAACGUCAAAGUUGGUUGUAUGACUACAGAUUUUGCCAUGCAGAAUGUCCUUAUUCAGAUGGGGCUUCAUGUGAUUUCAUUAAAAGGAAUGCUUAUAAAACAAGCACGAAACUAUAUCUUGCGAUGCCAUGCAUGUUUCAAGACCACAACUAACAUGAACAAGACAUUCUGCCCAAGCUGUGGUAACAAGACACUGAAGAAGGUAGCAGUGACUGUAAAUGAGGAUGGCAGUAUUCACAUGCAUUUCUCAAAAAACCCAAAAGUGUUGAAUGCACGAGGAUUGAGGUAUUCACUCCCAUUACCACAUGGUGGGAAACAUGGCAAUAAUCCACAUUUGACUGAAGACCAGAGCUUUCCUCAGCAAAGACUAUCCAAAAAGGCUAGACAGAAGACAAAUGUCUUUGACCCAGAUUACAUUGCUGGGAUUUCUCCCUUUGUGGAGAAUGACAUCUACAGCAGAGCUGCUAAUUUAAACAUUCGGGACAACAGAAUUGGAGCAGGGAGGAGGAGGAUGAAUCCAAAUGCUGUAACAAAGAAGUUUGUUAAGAAGAAAUAAUUUUUCCAACUGAGAUACUGGAGUAUAAUGGUGUUUUUGAUCACUAUAUUGUAAAACUAUUUGUACAAAAUAAAUUCAACAAAAAUUGUUAACAGA